AUGAAGAUCGAUCGAUUUCGUCCUCGUCGGUUGGUGUAUCUGUGCGUCGUGGGUGCUGUCAGUGCUGUGGAAUGGUCUAUCUCUUCGUUAUUCCUAUUACAUCGAUUUGGUUGGAUUUGGCUCCAUCUUAACAUUUGCUUAUAUCGAAAGAGAGCUGCUGUGAAGAGAGCAAAUGUUGACCCAUCUCUCGUUCAAGUUGUGUUUGGCAAUGUUCUUAGUGCUAAUUUGGGUCAAGCUCCUGCUCGUCAAGCUGCUUUAGGUGCAGGGAUCUCUAACUCUGUUAUUUGUACUACAAUCAACAAGGUUUGUGCUUCAAGCAUGAAAGCAAUGAUGCUUGCUGUGAAGAGAGCAAAUGUAGACAUGAGAAGCUCGUGA